CAUGGGUGAUGGCGGGUGUUGCGGGACCGCCGGCGUGUGUGUGGUGAUGACUGGGUGACUGGUAACUGGAGGACGCGGCGGCACCAGCCAGCCAGGCAGUGAGGGAGGCGGUCAGGCUUCCCGUGUGUCGGACGGUGCAGUGUUACGGGGCGGGUCUGGACACACUCUAGGCCAGCCAUGUCCCUGGCGUGGCGGCUGGCCCUGGCUGCCCUGGUGACCUUGCUGGUGUCCCCAGGCGGCCGGGGGGAGGACCAGGGGUCGCCGUGCCCCGCGGAGUGCACGUGCUCGGGCCUCACCGUGAGUUGUGGGCGUCGUAAUCUGACCCAAGUGCCCCGCCCACUACCCAGCGACGCCCAGCGCAUACGUCUCAGCCACAACAAAAUUGCCUUCCUUCACGAUGGAGUCUUUGCUAACAUGUCAAAGCUCUACAGAUUAGACUUAAGCCACAACCAACUGAGGGUCCUCGGCCGCCAGGCACUGCAAGGCGCUCCCAACAUCAACAACCUGCAGCUGGACAACAACCAACUUACCUGUAUAGACGAGGAUGCAAUCAACCUCAAAUCUCUACAGGUGUUGAGCCUGAGCCACAACAACCUGACAUGGGUGCCGCGUGGGCUGCUGGAGGGUGCCACAGGUCUGCGCAGCGUCAGGUUAGCGGACAACCCCCUUCACUGCGAUUGCUCCCUGUCGUGGCUGGGGCGCUGGCUGAGGCGGAACCCCACACUGGCGCUCUUCGCGAAGUGCCAUGCCCCCCCGGCACUUCGCGGCAGGCAGGUGGCGGAAGUGCACGACUCUCACUUCAGAUGUUCAGGUGGGGGUCGCCGCGAGGAAGGGGGAGGCUGCCCCACGCCCCCUCUAUGCCCUGAGUCCUGCCGGUGCUCUGAUGGCAUCGUGGACUGCAGGGACAGGGGCUUCACACACGUGCCCAUACACCUACCGGAGGACACCACUGAGCUACGCCUGGAACAGAAUCUAAUCACCGAGGUACCACAGAGAGCAUUCGCACCAUUCAAGAGACUUAGACGCAUUGAUCUGAGCAACAACCAAAUCACAACCAUAGCAGGUGACGCUUUCCUCGGCCUCAAGUCCCUCGCCUCUCUUGUUCUCUACGGUAACAAGAUCACCGAACUGGCAGCCGGUGUGUUUAGCGGGCUAUCUUCACUUCAGUUACUGCUUCUCAACGCUAAUCGAAUCACGUGUUUGAGAAGAGACGCUUUUGCAGAUCUACGAAGCCUCAACCUAUUGUCUCUGUAUGACAACAACAUCAAGACGAUUCAGAAUGGAACCUUCGAUACGCUGUCCAGCAUCCAGACCCUGCAUUUGGGAAGAAACCCGUUCGUGUGUGACUGUUCCAUCCAGUGGCUGUCAGAUUACCUGGAGACCAACCCAAUAGAGACAUCAGGAGCCAGGUGUGAGAGUCCGCGCUGGCUGCAACGACGCAAGCUGACUGCCCUGGCUGAGGAGAGGCUCAAAUGCACGGAUGGCACGGUGUCUCUGUACGCGGGGGAGUGCGUCACGGCAGAGGAGUGCCCUAGGGGAUGUACCUGCAGAGCCACCACUGUUGACUGUACAGCAGGGGGCCUCACUCACCUGCCGGACACCCUGCCGCCCUACACCACUGUUCUGUUGCUGUCGGACAAUGAGCUGCGUGAGGUGGGGGGGUCCACAGCACUGGGCCAGCUGUCACGUCUGCGUCGCCUGGUGCUUUCCAACAACCAGCUGCGGCGCCUUCCUCCAGCUGCUUUCCAGGCAGUUCCCUCCCUCCACCACCUUGACCUGUCUGACAACGACCUGGUGGAGGUGAACAGCCGCAUACUGAAAGGCCUGCCCCAUCUCAGAGCGCUGUCCCUGGCAGACAACAAGGUCACCUGUAUCUCACCUGGCGCCUUCACUCAGCUACCUGCACUCCGGGAAAUAAACCUGGAUGGCAACCCACUGCACUGUAACUGCCACAUGAGCUGGCUGGCGGAGUGGCUGCGGUCUCAUGGCGCACGCACAGGCAUACCCAAGUGCCAUUCGCCGCCCCCACUCAAGGGCACCCUCAUUACAGAUGUGCCAAGCUCUCAGUUCUUGUGUGAAGGAGACGAGGUGGGUUGCCUGGGGGUGGAGGAGCAGUGCCCAGCCGAGUGUAACUGCGAGGGUACGGUGGUGAGGUGCUCGCGGGCUAGGCUGCAGCACAUCCCAACCGGCAUUCCCUCCCACACCACUGAGCUUUACCUGGAUGUCAAUGAGAUAAUGGAGGUGGAUGCCGAUCGCCUCUCCCACCUCACAGCUCUCACCCGCCUGGACCUCAGCAACAACCAGAUUGCUGUGCUACAGAACAACACCUUUGCCAGCCUCCAUCAGCUCUCCACCUUAAUUGUGAGUUACAACAAGCUCCAGUGUCUGCAGAGGGAUGCAUUGGCCGGCUUGCGGAAACUGCGCAUUUUGUCACUGCAUGGCAAUGAUGUAUCAAUGAUCCCAGAUGGAGCAUUCAGGGACCUUGUCCUCAUCACACACAUAGCAAUGGGUGCUAACCCUCUCUACUGUGACUGCUCGCUGGCCUGGUUCUCUGACUGGAUCAAGGGUGAUUUUGUGGAGCCCGGCAUUGCUCGGUGUGCUGAACCAGCCACCAUGAGGGACAAGCUGGUCCUCACCACGCCCACACAGGCCUUCAAGUGUGUUCCCUCGGUGCCUGAUGAGGUCCAGGCAAAGUGUGACCUCUGCUACACACACCCAUGUGAGAAUGGGGCCACUUGUCGGUCUCUGGCCAACCGCAGCUAUGAGUGUGAGUGUGCACCAGCUUUCUAUGGACCCAACUGCCAGUAUAAGAUAGAUGCAUGUUAUGGCAAUCCCUGCAGGAACUUUGGCACAUGCAAGAUCCUGGAGGCUGGCCGGUUCAGCUGCCACUGUCCUGCCGGCUUUGAGGGUGACCGCUGUGAGAUCAACAUUGACGACUGUGUGGAGAGCAAGUGUGAGAACAACUCUACCUGCAUUGACCUUGUGGAGCAGUACAGGUGUCAGUGUCACCCAGGGUUUACAGGUGAAUACUGUGAGCGCAAGAUUCCCUUCUGUAGCAAGGAGUUCAAUCCAUGCAAGAAUGGUGCCACCUGCCUCAACCACAACACACAUUAUGAGUGCCAGUGCCUCCUCGGCUUUGCUGGAGAUAACUGCACCGAUAAUGUGGAUGACUGUGUAAACCAUCUGUGCCAGAAUGGUGCCUCCUGUGUUGAUGGCAUUAAUGAAUACACGUGUAAGUGUGUGAACGAAUACUCUGGCAAGUUCUGUGAGGUGGGCCCGGCCGUGUACCUGCAGACCUCACCCUGCCAACACAAUGACUGUCAGAACGGAAUCUGCUUUGUGCCAGCAAACUCCAAGGACUAUGUGUGCAAGUGUUCUCCAGGGUUCUCAGGGAAGCACUGUGAGUACCUGACAAGGGUUCACUUUGGUGCUAAUGACUCAUACUUGGCCCUGGAGCCCCUCAAGACACGGCCAUCCUCCAACGUCACCCUGCACCUGCGCACCACUCAGAAGGACGGUGUGCUGCUGUACACUGGUGACUCGGCACACCUUGCCGUGGAGCUCUUCAUGGGCAGGGUGAGGGUGUCCUAUGACGUAGGCAACUAUCCUGUCUCCAACAUGUUCAGCUAUGAAAUGGUGAACGACGGCAUCUGGCACACAGUGGAGCUGCUCACCAUCAAGCAGAACUUUACCCUGCGCAUCGACCAUGGCACCGCACGCUUCAUUGUCAAUGACGGUACCAAUGAGUACCUGCAGACCACCUCACCUCUCUACAUUGGCGGCCUACCCAGAGAGGUGGCAGAGGAGGCGACCAAGAAGUGGCACCUCAGAGACACUGGGAGCUUCAUUGGGUGUCUGGAGCGAGUGUAUCUCAAUGGGCGGCUGAAGGACCUCGGCUCAGGACAGCAGCACAAGGUGGCACCUGGGUGUGGAGGGGAAGAAACGGUGAGGGACCAAGGACAGCGAGGGAUACAGGGAGUGAUCAUUGCAGCAGAAAGUGAAGGGCCUCUUGUCUCUGGUGCCCCUAGAGUCACUCAGAGACCUGGUGGUCCAGCCAUGGAUGAACAGGACUGCCCUCACAACACUUCUAUUGCUAAUGAAAUCCAGGUCCACCCACCUGUGCUGGAGGAGACAGAGACACCUACUGAGGUGGAGGAAUCAGGAGAUGAGGAGGCAGCCAGAGUUGACCCAUGUGAGAACCAUAAGUGCCGUCGUGGUCGCUGCAAGCCACGCCGCAAGGCAGAUGGUGCCGCAGACUACAAGUGUCGCUGCCGGACAGGGUGGUCAGGCCGCUUGUGUGACCAAGCUCCCACGUGCCGUAAGGAGCAGUUCACUGAGUACUACGUGGAGAACGGCUGUCGCUCUCGCCGACCUAUCAAAAACGCUAUCUGCAGUGGCACAUGUGGCUCACACUGCUGCAAGCCACGCCGCACCAAGCAACGCCAGGUUCGCCUCAUCUGUAAUGACGGCACGUCCUAUAAGAAGGAAAUAGAGAUCAUCAGGAAGUGUCGGUGUCGCAGGAGGUGUUACUGAGGGAGUCAUGCCGGUGCAGAGAUGGAAUCAUUUUAAGUGCCACAGUCAUAACCAGAUACAGGAACCACUUUUUUCCUUUUUUGGCACUACCCCAUAAGUCAAGUAUUAUCUGACACUCGAGUCAUUACAGAUUGCCAAAUUGCAUUGGAAAGUUAGUGGACGGCUGUGGGAAGUGACACUGGGAAGCCUGGUGUGUUAGGCAUGGCCUGAGAAGAAUCCCUUGCUUGUGCACUGGGACACUGGCCAACAGGCAGCUUAGUGGAGUUGUGUGCUGGAGAAAGUGACUUUUGUCUCAUAAAACAAACAAAAAAUAAAUAAAUAUAAUAGAUAACUCAGUAAAUAAAGGAACACUAAACAGUGAGAAGGAAGAAAGUAGAAAGUGUGGAAUGCUUUGAAAGACAUACUUAAGAACAUGAAAUGGCAAAAACAGUUGACAUGAGAAAAGCAGAUAUUGUUUGCCCUUGAGGUAUCCUACGAAGCAACCUGAUGAACACAGGCUAGUAACCAUAUGCUGCACAAUGAAGACCUAGGAGAGUAGUACAGCAGAUGGACAAAGGUGUUAGAUAUUAUCAAAGUUUAGAUCAUUUGAGAUGCAUUAAGAGCACUCCCUCCUUAUAACUUACAGUUUUAUUUGGAGUGGUGUAUUGCAUGUGUAGUUCCCAUAUCUACUACUAUCCUUAAGAUCAGCAGCAGCAGCAGCAGCAGCAGCAAAGUAGAUAAAUAAUAAUAUUAUUAAUAAUAA